AUGGCAGCAGACGUGCCAGUGAAUCUCGAGGUGGUCAAUUCAUGUUGUGCUGCGUGGAAAAAGAAGUACUCAAAGAUUGAAAACAGACGAAAAGCUCUGCGGGAAGCUGUGGACGUCCUUACGAAAGCAUAUGAUCAAGAGAAAGCUCGAGCAGAUAUUGAGAAAGGGGAGAAAGAGAAAGAAUCUUCCAUUAGGAUGUCUUUGGAGAAUGAAAUUUCUGGGUUGAAAUCUGAGAUAUAUUCUCUAAAGCAGAGAGGAAAUGCAGAUGCUCAAAAUAGAAAUGAAGUAAACCUUCUUAAAGCUCAAGUUUCUGACUGCGAAAAAGAAAUUAAUCGUCUCAAAGACCUAAUUGAGAGAGAGAAGAAAAGGGCAGAGUCAGAAAGUAAGAAUGCAGAAGUGGAGAAGAAAAAGGCUUGCGAAGCACACAAAGUUGCUAAAGCUGAAAAAAGUAAGGCUGAUGAAGAAAGGAAGCGCGCCAAUACUGAAAAAGAGAAGGCUGAUAAUUAUGGGCUUCAGUUGGAGGUAUUGAAGAAAGAAGCGCAUAAAGCAAGUUCUAAUUUGGCCUCUGAAACAUUGAAGCUUGUUGAGGCAAACAAAAAGCUUGAAGCAGAAAAACAGAAGGUGGUCAAGGAGAGAGAAUGUGCAAAUUCAGCGGUGGUGAAAGCAGAGGAGCAAAACAAGUUUGCAGAAGUGAAUAGGAAGAAGAGUAUAGAAGAAAAAAGUCGCGCCGAACGUUUGUCUCUGGAAUUGGUAGGAGUAGGAAAAGGAUUGAUGAGUUACAGAAAGAGUUAA